AUGGGCCAGGGAGGCUACCGCCAAAUCAACAAGGCCCUAAAUAUUUGCGUUUUCAAUGACUAUCUCGCUGCACAACAGUCACGUCUGCCAGAUUUGGCGGAUGUAGAGCAGCUUAGCCCUCGCGUGGUGCGCAUACUUGGCCAAAAUGCAGGACAGUUCACGCUUCAGGGCACAAACACCUAUAUUGUCGGCACAGGUCGACAGCGGCUGAUCAUUGACACCGGCCAAGGGAUCCCUGAAUGGGCGGAGCUGGUCUCCUCCACCAUGGCGAAGUACUCGAUCUUCCUAUCCCAUGUGUUAUUAACCCACUGGCACGGCGAUCACAUCGGCGGUGUUCCCGAUCUCCUGCGCCUCUACCCCGACCUCUCAAAGGCAAUUUACAUAAAUUCCCCGGGCAAGAACCAACAGCCAAUUGCGGACGGUGAGGUGUUUCGGGUGGAGGGGGCCACGAUUCGCGCGGUACAUUCUCCGGGCCACUCCCAUGACCACACGUGCUUCAUCCUUGAAGAGGAGAAUGCCAUGUUCACAGGGGACAAUAUCCUCGGCCACGGCACCAGCGCAGUGGAAGAACUCAGCAUCUAUAUGUCGUCUCUACGCAAGAUGCUUGCGCAUAACUGCUCUACAGGGUACCCCGCACAUGGUGAGGUGAUCAAAAAUCUUCCUACCAAGAUUGCAGGUGAGCUAGCGCAGAAGCAGAAGCGCGAACAGCGGGUGUUGGAAACCUUGGCUUCCAUUAAGCGCCAGGAAGUUAGUGUAGGACGGCGGAAGAUCGGUAGCGCGACUCUCAAAGAACUGGUGUUAGCCAUAUACGGCGAGAAUCUGGCAAAACAGUUAAGAGAAAAGGCUCUAGAGCCAUUCAUAGACGAAGUCCUCAGGAAGUUAGCAGAAGAUGGAAGGGUAGCUUUUGAAAUUAGGGCUGGAGAGAAGAAGUGGUUUCGUGUCGACUAG